AUGGUCAAGAUUGCAGUGGCUGGUGGUUCGGGAGAACUUGCCCGAGAGGUCAUCGAUGUUCUCAUCGCUACAAAGAAGCAUGAGUUGACCAUUCUGACCCGAAAUGACAAUUGUGUGCCCGGACUCACUUGGCGCGCCGUGAAUUAUAGCGACAAGAACGACCUGAUUGAAGGCCUGCAAGGGAUUCACACCGUAUUGUCGUUUGUGAACCAGCCCGUGGUAGAUCCGAACAACACCCAGAAGAACCUGAUCGACGCUUCCAUUGCCGCCGGCGUGAAACGCUUUGCACCAAGCGAGUUCGGAAGUGCCGAGAAAGAUGACUUGCCUUCCUGGGCAGGAAAGAUGGCAAUCAAGACUUACCUGGAGCAGGUGAAUGAGAACGGAAAGGUUCUCGAGUACACUCUGUUUCAGCCAGGCCUCUUUAUGGACUACCUAGCAUCUCCCCACAAGACCGCCAAAUAUGUGACUCCUCUAGACACUUUUAUCGACUUCGAGAACCGGAAAGCCAUUGUCGUCGAUGGCUAUGAGAACGCCAUCCUGACCCUGACGGCUGUUCGAGAUAUUGCUGGAAUGGUCGCUCGUGCAGUCGAAUACGAUGGUGAAUGGCCCAAAAUUGGCGGAAUUCGGGGCAACCGAGUCGCCAUCUCACAAAUUCUCGAGAUUGGUGAGAGAGUCCGAGGUGUUAUUUCAGGCCGUCCGUUUACCAUUGAUAAGGUCCAACUCCGGGAUCUUGAAGCUGGAAAUCUCGAGGGUUCAUGGGCGCUGGGAAAGCGCCACCCCAGCUUCACUGAAGACCAGGCUGAUCAGCUCGCGGCAAUGCUGAAGACCGUUCUUAUUGGCAUGCUCGUAAGUAGUGCAAAAGGCGCAUGGGAUGUGUCGGAUGCAUUCAACCGACGUCUUCCUGACUUCGAGUUCACUGAGAUAGAGGACUUCCUCUCCAAGGCAUGGGAGGGAAAGCCAUAG